AUGAGCUCCAAAGAGGAGGAAACGCUCCGUUUUUUCCAGUAUGUUGAGGAGAAUGGGCUGAGAGCCUACAACGGCCUGGUAGCUCAGAACUUUGACCACGCCAGGAAUGAGAGAAAUAGGGCAUUCCUGCAGGAAAAAAACGAGAAGAAGAGAAAACAGGAGGAAGCCAUAAGGAGGACGGGCGAAGACAUAGCAACUGAAGGCAAACACUUACGUAUGGGCUCUAUUACUAUGCCGGACCCCCAGGAACACAUGCCCAUGCCCCACCCGCAUGCCCUUGCCUGUGGGCAGGGCUUCUCCAUACGCUCCCAGUCCCUCCACUCUGUCGGUGGUGGGAACAGUGGUGGUGGAGGAGAGGAGGAAGUGGGAAGCCCGACCUCAAGGAAGCAGCCCCCGCCCAAGCCCAGGAGGGACCCGGCCACCAAGCUUAGCAUGUCGUCUGAGGCGGUGGACCACAGUCCCAUGUCCACCUGCCGUGGGGAGAGAUGUGACGCAGCUCAAGGAUGCAGUGAGGACUGUAGGAGGGUGCCGCCACCCAAACCCAAGAGGAACCCCAACACACAAUUGAGCGUUUCCUUUGAUGAGUCCUACAUCAAGAGUCACGCGGGCAGCGGGGUUUGCCCGUCCAAACCCCUCCACCAUGUCACCUCCCCCUCUGAACGCAACCCCUCGCCUCCACAGAGUGACGAGAGCCCUACAGAUGACUGUGAGGAUGAACCCGUCUACAUAGAGAUGGGCGGGAUUGAUGUCGGAGCACGAGAACCCCUGAAGAGUGAGGAUGAGGAGCCAGGAGAGUCUGUGUAUGAGGAAAUGAAGUACCCAGCUCUGGAUGAUAUGGAGUACCGUACUGACCCGGUGGGAUGCCGCUCUGCAUGCCCCACCCCAGCACCCUAUGACCCUGAACCUCUCAGUCGCUGCUCCACGCCUCGAAACAUUCCCCUCUGUGACAUUCCUGCACCCUUUCCCAAUUUACUCACCCAUCGGCCUCCGCUGUUGGUGUUCCCACCAGCACCCGCCCAGUGUUCACCCAACUCAGAUGAGUCUCCCCUCACCCCUCUUGAUGUAACCAAAUUGCCCAUGCUGGAGAACCAGUCCUACAGCAAAUCCCCGACAUCCUCCACCGAGCCACCCUCCUCUGCACACAUCCGCAGGGAGCUCACUGCGACCCCAACCCUCACCGUCUCUGGGCGCUCCUCUGCGCCCCCUCUGCCCUGUACCCUCUACAAAUCCUCCUCCUCAUCCUCCUAUCAGCGCAGCCACUCUGCUUGCCCAUCGCCUGUCAGCAUGGGUCGCUGUCUCACCCCUCUGAGCCUCAUGCGCACACCUCCCUUCGACGCUACAAUGCCAUUCCCGGGGGGUCUGCCGCGGAGCGCCUCUGCCACCCCUCACGGCAAAGGCUCGCCACCUCAAGACGGUGUUGGUCGACUCCAUGGCUCUAUGCAGAAUGUGUCAACAGGUCGUUCACGGACACCCACCAGCCCUCUGGACGAACUAACCAACCUAUUCACCACAGGAAGGAACAUGCUGAAGAAAAACACCAGUGGCAGGAAGUCUAAAGAGCCUGGAGAGACUGAGUCCAAAAGCAAGUCUCACAGUGAGUCAAAGCGUGAAGGCAAGGAACGCCACAGUCACAGCAAGGAGUCCAAGCGAGAGUCCAAGGAGCGCCACAGCAAAGAGUCUUCUCACCGGAGAGACAAAGACAGAGACAAAGACAGAGACAAAGACAGAGGGAGCAGCAAUGUGGAGCAACUUCCCCACAGACGCAACAGUAAAGACCGUACUUGUAGUGGUGUAGAAGCACCACCUGUUCGCAGGGAUAGCAGGGACCAGGGCUACAGCAGUGUAGAGCCCAUCCCUGUGAGACGGGACUCCAAAGACAGGGGCUGCAGCUCCUUAGAACCCAUUUCUUUGAUAAGAAGAGACUCAAAGGACAGAGGGAUCAGCAAUGGAGACUUGAUGCCGAGGAGGGACAGCAAAGAUAGGAGCGGGGGACAUGGAAUGGAGUCCCUGCUGAGACAGGACAGCAAAGACAGAGAGAGACUGCUGGAUCAGCCACCUGAGCUGUUACCAAGACAAGACAGCAAGGAGAGGGCAAGAAACGGUGUAGACUCUAGACACGAAAGCAGAGAGAGACUGCUAGAUCAACCACCUGAGCUCUUACCCCGACAAGAUAGCAAAGAGAGAGCUAGGAACGGUGUGGACUCAAAGCAUGAAAGUAGAGACAGGCCACCUGAGCUUUUACCCCGACAGGAGAGCAAAGACAGAGCUAGAACUGGAGCAGAAUAUAGGCAUGAUAGCAAGGACCACCGUCCUGAUUUGUUGCCCCGACAGGAUAGCAAAGAGAGAGUGAGGAGUGACAUGGAACAUAGGCAUGAAGGCAGAAUUGACCAGCCACCUGAGAUCCUGCCCCGACAAGAAACAUCCAGAAGCAGCAACAGCAAGGACAGAGUUGGCUACAGCUCUGAAUCCAAGCAUGAGGGGAGAGAGCGGAGCUGCCACAAUGGAGAUCUCCCUCCUCCUCCUCUCCCCAGGCAGGACAGUAAAGAUCUGAGCAAAACUGGCCUCGAGGUGAGACGGGACAGCAAAGACAGAAGUCUGAAUGGCUCGGAGCAGCAUCAUUAUGAUGUGAAGAACACCAAGAGCCCCACUGCGAUGGAGUAUAGGUGUGAUAACAAAGAGAGAGGAUAUCGAUCAGAUGGCACGCCCCGACGAGAUAACCGAGCAACUUACAGCAUGGACCAAUCAAAAGCACAAGAUAGGAAUGGCAGCACAAUGUCGGGGCAGCAUUCAUCCACAACCACGCCUACUCACCACGGGAGAUCAUCUGGUAGCCCACCAAUGACUGUGGGAACAGGAAAUGAUCUGAAAGCAGCACCGAAGUAUGGCCGCUCACCUUCUAUGCCUGUUAACCCCUCACCAAUGGGAACUCCACAAAGGAGAGCAGCAGAGACACAUCAAAGUCAGAUGCCCCAGAUGCCAUGGAUAUGUGGGGACACCACGAUGCUAGAACAGAUCGAGAGGAAACGCACCCUCUGCAUGGAAAUUCGCUCCCGACAACAUCCACACGUGCAGCGAUCUCUGGAGAGGCCUCCUCCUCCGGACAGGAACGAGGACAGGCACCAGGAGCGGAGUCAGUGCAAGCAAGAAAGUGCAUCUGUCCUCCCCAGCUGGGGGAAAAGCAGCGGGGCCAAAAAGAUCCGUCCUCCCCCUUACCCCACACAGACAACCGUAUUCUGGGACACAGCCAUCUGACAGUAACAACACACGUACACCUCCCUGCCACACAACCCCAAAUUACC